CGGCGCCCCGCCCCCGAGGAGCCACCGCCCAGCCGCUCGCCGGCGCCGCUCGGAGCUGCGUCCCGGGGCCGCGGGGCCGCAGGGAGAUUUUCCCAAACCUGGAUUGCUGAGGCUGGCAUGGGUGCUUGAUACCAUGUGACCUGCUGCAAGUUUCCCUUCUGAACUCACACCAGGAAACUACACCAGGUGGAGAGUGCCCAGGAAGCUGCCCUGCUUGACCCGGAGCCGUCUGUCCGUCCGUCCACCUGUCCACAGAGUUGGACCCUGUAGCGUCUGUACAGCGAGGAGAGGACGAGAACAUGCUCUGAAGACCUUCGAGACAAGACCGGGAAUCCGUGGGCCGAGCCCAGACCUUGAAGCCCUCCUGCUUCCCGCCCACCAUGGCCUCGGCUGACAAGAAUGGCGGGAGCCUCUCCUCUGUGUCCAGCAGCCGCCUGCAGAGCCGGAAGCCACCCAACCUGUCCAUUACCAUCCCGCCACCUGAGAAAGAGGCCCAGGCCCCCGGCGAGCAGGACAGCAUGCUGCCCGAGAGGCCCAGGAACCCAGCCUACUUGAAGAGCAUCAGCCUCCAGGAGCCGCGGACGCGAUGGCAGGAGAGCAGCUCAGAGAAGCACCCCGGCUUCCGCCGCCAGGCCUCCGUGUCCCAGAGCAUCCGCAAGGGCGCAGCCCAGUGGUUCGGGGUCAGCGGCGACUGGGAGGGGAAGCGGCAGCACUGGCAGCGCCGCAGCCUGCACCACUGCAGCGUGCGCUACGGCCGCCUGAAGGCCUCGUGCCAGAGGGACCUGGAGCUGCUCAGCCAGGAGGUGCCGUCCUUCCAGGGCACCGAGUCCCCCAAGCCCUGCAAGAUGCCCAAGAUUGUGGACCCGCUGGCCCGGGGCCGGGCGUUCCGCCACCCGGACGAGGUGGACCGGCCCCACGCCCCGCACCCGCCGCUGACCCCCGGGGUCCUGUCGCUCACCUCCUUCACCAGCGUCCGCUCCGGCUACUCCCACCUGCCGCGCCGCAAGAGGAUAUCUGUGGCCCACAUGAGCUUUCAAGCUGCCGCUGCCCUCCUCAAAGGGCGCUCGGUGCUGGAUGCCACCGGACAGCGGUGCCGGGUGAUCAAACGCAGCUUCGCCUACCCCAGCUUCCUGGAGGAGGACGCGGUCGAUGGGGCAGACACAUUUGACUCCUCAUUUUUUAGUAAGGAAGAAAUGAGCUCCAUGCCUGAUGACGUGUUCGAGUCUCCGCCACUCUCCGCCAGCUACUUCCGAGGGAUUCCCCACUCAGCCUCCCCUGUCUCCCCCGAUGGGGUGCAAGUCCCUCUGAAGGAGUGUGGCCGAGCCUCGGUGCCUGCAACCAGGCGCGGCAAGCGCAUCGCCUCCACAGUGAAGCACUUUGCCUUUGACCGCAAGAAGCGGCACUACGGCCUGGGCGUGGUGGGCAACUGGCUGAACCGCAGCUACCGCCGCAGCAUCAGCAGCACCGUGCAGCGCCAGCUGGAGAGCUUCGACAGCCACCGGCCCUACUUCACCUACUGGCUCACCUUCGUCCACAUCAUCAUCACGCUGCUGGUGAUUUGCACCUAUGGCAUCGCACCCGUGGGCUUUGCCCAGCAUGUCACCACCCAGCUGGUGCUGAGGAACAAAGGCGUGUACGAGAGUGUGAAGUACAUCCAGCAGGAGAACUUCUGGGUCGGCCCCAGCUCGAUUGACCUGAUCCACCUGGGAGCCAAGUUCUCGCCCUGCAUCCGGAAGGACCAGCAGAUCGAGCAGCUGGUGCUUCGGGAGCAAGACUUGGAGCGGGACUCGGGCUGCUGUGUCCAGAACGACCACUCGGGCUGCAUCCAGACCCAGCACAAGGACUGCUCGGAGACUUUGGCCACUUUCGUUAAGUGGCAGGAUGAUACCGGGCCCCCCAUGGACAAGUCCGAUCUGGGCCAGAAGCGGACAUCGGGGGCUGUGUGCCACCAGGACCCCAGGACCUGUGAGGAGCCCGCCUCCAGUGGUGCCCACAUCUGGCCCGAUGACAUCACCAAGUGGCCGAUCUGCACGGAGCAGGCCAAGAGCAACCACACGGGCUUCCUGCACAUAGACUGCGAGAUCAAGGGCCGCCCCUGCUGCAUCGGCACCAAGGGCAGCUGUGAGAUCACCACCCGGGAAUACUGUGAGUUCAUGCAUGGCUAUUUCCAUGAGGAAGCAACACUCUGCUCCCAGGUGCACUGCUUGGACAAAGUGUGUGGGCUGCUGCCCUUCCUCAACCCCGAGGUUCCUGAUCAGUUCUACAGGCUCUGGCUCUCUCUGUUCCUGCACGCUGGCGUGGUGCACUGCUUUGUGUCCGUGGUCUUUCAAAUGACCAUCCUGCGGGACCUGGAGAAGCUGGCCGGCUGGCACCGUAUCGCCAUCAUCUUCAUCCUCAGCGGCAUCACUGGCAACCUCGCCAGUGCCAUCUUCCUCCCGUACCGGGCAGAGGUGGGCCCGGCCGGCUCGCAGUUCGGUCUCCUCGCCUGCCUCUUCGUGGAGCUCUUCCAGAGCUGGCAGCUGCUGGAGCGGCCCUGGAAAGCCUUCCUCAACCUCUCGGGCAUCGUGCUCUUCCUGUUCGUCUGCGGGCUCCUGCCCUGGAUCGACAACAUCGCCCACAUCUUCGGCUUCCUCAGCGGCCUGCUGCUGGCCUUCGCCUUCCUGCCCUACAUCACCUUCGGCACCAGCGACAAGUACCGCAAGCGAGCCCUCAUCCUGGUGUCCCUGCUGGCCUUCGCCGGCCUCUUCGCCUCCCUGGUGCUCUGGCUCUACAUCUACCCGAUUAACUGGCCCUGGGUCGAGUUCCUCACCUGCUUCCCCUUCACCAGCCGCUUCUGCGAGAAGUACGAGCUGGACCAGGUGCUGCACUGACCGCCGGCCGGGCCCGGGCCCGGCUGCCUCCCCUAGAGCACUGACAACGCGGGGUCUGUGCCUGCCCCGGCCGCCGCCCGCAGAGCCCCCUGCCCCACACACCAAAGGCCCACAGACCGGGGCCUGGGCUCUGGGCCCGGGUGUCCUCCUGCCAAGCAAGGCGGAUUCCGCGUGAGAUGGCCGAUAAAAGCGGGAUCCUUGGGGAGUGAGGUCUGUGGGUUCCCAGGCCCUGACUUCUAGCCCCGUCCCCCUGCCGGACACAUGUCCUGGGGGCGGGUUUCCUUUCUUCCCGGGGUCCUCACAGCUGGUGCCUUCCUCCCACUGUGACUGGAGCGUGUCCUUGCCAGGGGCAAGGCUGCUCCUCGGUUGUGCCCAGGCUGGAUGCCCACUAUGGCCCCUUCCUGUUUCUCCUUGUCCCUCUGCUCUGAGGCCACCCAUAGGGCUCCCAGAUGGGACACCAUGGAAGAGGCUUCGGUCACAGUCUCAGGGCAGAGAACACACAGGGACACACUAGAUGGAUGCCGAGAGCUUUGCUUGUUCUUGGCAUCCAGAGGCUGUGUCCCUACCCACACCAGCCCUCCCUUCGUACCAGCGUCCGCCUCACAGCUUGCUCUGGGGCAGGGCGGACCUGCACCUCAGGGUGCUUGAGGCUCAGUCAGGCCCAUUGUCGACCAGUUUAUAUUAUGGUCCUAAUUUUUAAAAAGUAACGCUAACUUUGUAUGGAUGGUGUCUCAAGUGUAUUAAAUGAUAUUCUUUAUGGAA